AUGGAAAGUACGGAUCUUUCUGAUAACAGGGGGCCAACCAUUGUCGCUGUUGGUUAUUCGACAUGGGCAGUAGCCAUUGCCACUCUCGUGCUACGUCUCGCGAGUCGAAGAGUCAGAGGAGUCAAGCUUGGGAUUGAGGAUUGGCUGAUUUUGGCGUCUAUUGUGCGAUUAUUUGUUUUGCUCCCAACUGGCGUUCAAAAUGGAUUUGGCAAACAUGUUUGGGCGAAUGAGGUAGAUUCAGUGAGAAACUGUGCGUUCGCACUCUUCAUAGGCGAAGUAUGCUACAUCUGGACGCUCUGCCUGGUCAAGUUAUCCAUCUUGGCCUUUUAUUGGCGAACUUUUGGUAUUGAGAAAUCCAUUCGGAUACCGAUCAUUGCCAUUGGGGUGGUUACUCUUAUUUGGGCGGUUGGUGUAUUUCUCACUUCGAUGUUUAGAUGCCGCCCCGUGCGUGCGAACUGGGAACAAUACAAUCUUGUUCAUCCUAUGCGCAAGACCGAGUACGUGUGCGACGUGGAAAGAUUCCACUUGUACUACGGAAGCGGAAUACCCAGUAUCGUGACCGACUUCGCCGUGGUCGUCCUCCCGACACCAUAUGUCUGGAAGCUCCAGCUCCCAAAGUCGCAAAAAAUCGCCAUUUCCGGCAUCCUUCUCGUUGGUCUCUUUGUUACAGCUGUGUCAAUUGUGCGACUUAAAAUGCUUCUUGUUAUCCAAUCAAAGAAUCUUGAUGUGACAUGGAAUGCAGUCGACGCGAUAAUUUGGCAGUUGGUAGAGCCAAACGUGUCCAUCGUGUGUGCCUGUGUGGUGUUUAUUAAACCCAUUCUGGGUAAACUCGGCGAAGCAGUCAACUUGUCUAAACUCUCCUUAUUGACAAGCUUUGUAUCGUCAAAUAUGUCAAAGGGGCAGUCCACAACUUCCGCAGCCUCCGCAAACCGAUGGUACUCGAGUGGUCAGGACACUGAGAAUAUAUCAGUCAAUGACCGUCCAGCUACAUACAUGGCUGAUGAAAACAUCUUACCCUACACAGCCGAGCCGGUAUAUAAUAGAAGUAGUGUUGAACUACAAUCACUGGCAACAAAACCAAAACAAUUUCCAGGUUGA